AUGGAGCCGGUAAAGGAACGAGCUGUGGCGGUGCUCAUGGCUUUCAAGAAGUUUAAGCCGCCUACCUUUGACGGAGAGUCGGUGGAUCCGUGGGUCGUGGAGAUGUGGAUUGACUUUAUGGAGACUCUCUUUGAGGACUUGUAUACCUUGGAGCGAGAAAAGGGAUUGGUAUUCUCCGCGUAUUUCCCCGACAACGAGAAGAGGAGGCUCCAGGAGAAAUUCAGGAAGCUCCACCAGGGAGACCGUACCGUAAGGAAGUAUGAACGGGAAUUCACCCGUAUUGUGAAUUGUGUUCCACAUGUGGUGCAGGAUGACGAGGACAAAGCUGAUUGCUUUGUGCGGGGACUUCAGCCGGGAGUUUUACGGUAUGUGCAUCCGUUCAAGUUGCAAACUUUUGCUAAAGCCGUGGACCGAGCCUUGUGGGUAGAGCAAGGCGAUGACUCUGUGCGAGAGGAGCGCGAGUCUGAUAGGCAGGAGGCAAGAGCAGUGCGACCGAGAAACUGUUCAGGUGGCCAAUCAGGUUCCAGACAGCCCCCGAGUCAGUUGCAGUCACAGUCUCGAACCCCGAAGCUAGCUUCCAACCAGUCUUCGGGAUGUGUGAUUUGCGGUGGAUCCCACCGAGCACGGCGGUGUGCACUGCGUGAGGGAAGAUGUAUUCGCUGUGGGCAAUUGGACCACACGUGGCAUGAUUGUCCCACGGGCGAUGGACAACCCUUGCCGAUAGCGACGGCAUUCUCAUCUCCGGGACAGGUUAUGGAUGUGCAACUUUUGGCACGGUCUGGAGAGCAAGGUGUGGUGAUCAGGCAGCCGGAGGGCUCGCGGCGAGCGCCAAGUGGCCAGGCCUACGCGACCCAAGUUGAGGAACCUGCUGCUGCUGGUGAUAUCAUCGCAG